GACUCAUCACCGUGUCACUUCAAAGGCUGAGAAUGGGGGUCCAAGCCCCGCCCACACCCAGGAUCCCACUUAUAAGUGUGGGACACCCCCUCUACAUGCACUGCAGAAGGAACCGACAGUGAACGCACACAUUUAUCCUUGGACUUUACUGUUCUGCACUUGUGUGUCACCUGGACUUACCUACCGUAGACCUUGUUGAGAUUACAUGGACAACUUGUUGUAGGAAAAAGAUCAAGAUUUUGCUCAUUCUGAUCUCUCUUACUUUUUUCCUGGAGGAUUUCUUUGGAGAAGUCUAAAAUUAUGCAGGCUAUCAGAGGUGAGUACUUGUCUGAACCCUAACAAACCUAUUUUCUGUCUCUUGCAUUUCUUUACUAUAUAGCAGAUACUUUGUAAAACAUAAAAUGUUAACUCAAACCAUUUGAAGACACCAAAAUUCACACUAUUCGUAUGUAUGUGUUUUAAAACUUAAAUGGUUUGAGUUUACUUAUCAGGUUUUACUUUGCAUGCAAAACAUCUCAAAUAUUGUCUAUUUUUUCCCAGACAUCAAGCAUAAUUUCAGCCUUCCUCCUCCAUCUUCAAUGACUGGAUCUGGUGAUUCCUAUCAUCAAGGCAACAUGCGAAUGACUCUGGAGGAUCCGGAGCUUUGGAGAUCCUUCCAUGAGAUCGGCACGGAGAUGAUCAUCACCAAACCGGGCAGGAGAAUGUUUCCACACUGCAAGAUCAGCUUAUCCGGAUUGGUGCCGUAUGCAAAGUACAUCUUACUGGUGGAUAUGGUUCCCGAGGACGGUCUCAGAUAUAAGUGGAACAAGGACAAAUGGGAGGUCGCUGGCAAAGCCGAGCCCCAGCCGCCCUACAGGACGUACCUGCACCCCGAUUCACCAGCACCCGGGAGUCACUGGAUGAAACAGCCCGUGUCUUUUCUCAAACUCAAACUGACCAACAAUGCUCUUGAUCAGCAUGGACAUAUCAUCCUUCACUCUAUGCACCGCUAUCACCCGCGUUUUCACAUCGUCCAGGCCGAUGAUCUGUACAGCGUGCGAUGGAGCGUCUUUCAAACUUUUACUUUCCCCGAGACCUCAUUCACCGCAGUCACUGCUUACCAGAACACAAAGAUUACAAAGUUGAAAAUCGACCACAACCCCUUCGCCAAAGGUUUCAGAGAUGAGGGUACAAACUCUAAAAGACGAGCAAACAGAAGUCUGGCUGAUCCUGAGAGGGCUGUGAAGAAGAUGAACAUCUCAAAAGACGCUGAGCAUGGAAGUCCACGAGAUCUUGAUGAUGAACACAUGGGUCAUAAGGAGAUGGAGAUAAAGGCCGAGCGCUAUUCCCCGUGGGGUGCAACGUGUGAUCGGGACAGUCAAGGCCUCCGUGCGGAUUCUCCUUUGGGCUCGGACCCGCGAGACAUGUACAGUUCAGAACAGCUCGUACCCGGACAGAACACAUACCAACCUAACAGGUUUCAAGAAUAUGUCAAAUCUCCUUCACCUUCAUCCAGCGUGGGCAGUGGAAGCGGCUGUGGAAGUCGCUCCAGUUUUGAGUCUCGGGUACCCGAUGUCGCCACUGUGCCCGAUCACGAUGCUUCCACCAAGCCAUCCGCCCCAGAGUUCGGCGGCCUCCCACCCUGCCCGCCUCAUCCCUCCGCUGGGCACCAGGAGUACACGGGAGUGCUGAACAUGGCCAUAGCGCAGGCCAAACCAGGUAUGCUGGGUCACCAUCCUCUCUACACCCCGUACAGUACCGAACAAUCUCUUGGACAGUGGAGCGGAGCGCCGUCCACCCAGUAUCCCCCUCCACACCAUCAUCUACCCACAGAAUACAGCAGCCAAGCUGUCCAUCACAGCUAUCACCAUGGCAACGUGGGAGACUGGAGCCAAUACCCACUCUUCUCUUACUCGUGCUGGUGAGCGGAUGAGGAACUGAACUGCAGAAUGGGAAACCGAGGAACUUGAUACGGUCAGAUCUUGUUCUUCACGCCGUGAUCUGGAGGAUGGCGCACACCGGUACCUACGAGUGCCGGGUAAACAGUGACUGAAUGUGAUCAGAAGGUGGCACUAACCGGAAUGUCGUCAACUAAAUAGAUUUUAAUACUAAAUGCAAAUGGAAAAAAUAUAACGAACGUAUGCUUUAGUUUAACUGAGGACUGAGUGGUUUUGAGAACUUUGUGAAAAGACAAUAUGUUGUGCCGUAUAAUGUACUUUAAAUGCAUAUGGAAGAUACAAUUUGACUUAAAAUGGCUGCUUAUUGGAGAACCAGAAUGGACUGUUUUUCCUUGCUCUGUUGUUAAAAUGUCUAUUUAUUUUGUGUUUGGCUUUGCUGCUACUUAAUAUUAUUUUUGUUAAAAAGAGAAAUGUGUAGUGUAAAAAACAAUGCUGUUUGGAAAUCACAAUGUAUGUCUGAAAUUCAGAAGUGUCAGUAAAUAUCUUCAAAAAGUCAUUACAAUGUUGACAUUAUUUUUUUUUUACAAAUAAGCAGCACUGUAUGAAGUGAAAGUUGGAUUACCUUAAAAAGUUUAAACUGAAAAAUUUAAAUAAAAAAACUUUAAAAAAUUACUUUAGUUGGUAAAACACUUACCCUUUUUUAAUAAAAUUUAAGUAGAAAUAAAUUCCAACUGAAGCAUUUUUUUUAAUUAAUUCAACUUUCACUUUUUUACAGUGUAACAAAACUGCUGGUGUUCCUUCAGCUCAAUUGGUACAACAAAAUAUUUUGGAUUUGAUCACCAUCUACAAUAUUAAAAAAAACGAGAUAAAAAAAUCAAUAACUUGAUUAUGGCUGAAAGCAUCUGCAGAAUGUAUAAAUGUAAAUGUAAUGCAUUUAUUUUUGUUGGGUCAAAAAGGGACAAACCAAGCCGUUGGUUUAAAUUAACCCAUACAAUGUGUAUGUUUGACCAACAUUGGAUUAAAACAAAACAGCAUAUGUUCAAAUACAACCCAACAGGUUGGGUUCAUCUCUUUUUGGCCCAAUGCUGGGGUGAAUAUAUCCCAGCAUUUUUUAAAGUGUAAAAAUAUUCAUCAGGUCGUAAAGAAAUUCAGUUUGAGGAAGUGAAGCAGACUGAAGAUCUACUAUAAGAGCUAAAGAGCACUUUGAAGGUCUGUGUUACAUCUGAACCUGUGCCAUUUGGUCUGAUCUCAUUUGGCCGUUACUGGGGAAGUGCAGAAAUGGGCAUUUGUGUGGGAUUUAAGUUAUAGUCACCAAACCAAAAAUCUUUGUAGUUUUAUUAUUAAAUUAAAUGCAUACAUUUUUUUAAAACCUUUUUUCAAAUCUUUAAAUUUCAAGUUUUCACUGCACAGUAAAAAUUAUGCAGAAUUUUUGUCAAAUCAACUACAAAUAUUUUUAUG